AUCAGAUCAGAAACCCACCAGAUCAAGAUUCCUAUGUGACAUUGGUAUUUUUUUUUACAUCUAAACAAGUAUAAAUAUACCGAAGGACGCUGCAAAUACACUGUUCUACAAAAUCUGCUCAAAGUUUUUGUUAACAGAGAUGGUUUCACUGGUUGUAGUGGCUGUAUUUCUCCUUUGGGGGACAGUCUUUCAACCCCCUCAUGCUGGUGCAUUUAAAAUCUUUCCGUCUGAUGCCUCCCUCAAUCAUCAAGAAAUCACUAAAGCAGCCAUCCUCCAAAAGACAGCAGAAGUGUGUCGUGACAUUGCCAAAGCCCAGGGCAAAGACUUUACACUACCUGUCAACAACAGACUAACUGCAGAUACUGUACAAAGAGCUUGCUCGAGUUCAAAUUCUGCCCUAUCAACAUCAGCCAACUUUAAGUUGGCUAUUGUUCUGAUUUCUCUGAACAAUAUAGCUGUGGACAAAAAACAGUUCAGUGAAGCACAUCAUUUCGACAAUGAGGCUUUCAGCAGUGGACGGGACCUCAUCACCCAGGGCAUAAGCAAAGUGAAAGUCAGUUUGAAAGAAGGAAACUACAUAUCUGCUCAAAAAAGCCUGGGGACUGUAACACAUACUUUACAGGAUUUCUAUAGUCAUAGUAACUGGAUAGAGCUGGGGUACACUGCUCCUUAUAGCACCCUGCUCAAACCGAAUGAACCUCUCAGCAACAUUGCAGGAUCCACAACAGCGACAUGCAAAAGCUGUGUGGAUGACAACUGCACUGAUAACAUUCUCCCAGAGAUCCUGCAGCAGAAGACAUUAACUUCUGGAUAUUUCAGCGCUAUCCCUGGAUUUACAAACAAGCCUGCAGGCAAAUGUAGCCAUGGUAGUGCCUUGGAUUUUACAAGCUACAAAAACCCCACUGGAGGCAUCAAUAAGGAUGACGUCAACUCAGAACAUGGCUUACUACACCAAAAAGCUGCAAACAUGGCCAUCAAUGCUACAAUAGAGCUAUUGGAAGAAAUUAGAAAGGAUGCGGGAGACACAGCCUUUCUUCGGUUGUUGGGCCUUAGUCAUACCAUAAUGCUGGUUUUUGUGAUCGACAUCACAGGCAGUAUGUCUAAUGACAUCGCUGAAAUCAAGAACGUGUCCAUCAAUAUGAUAGAUAGCAGGAAAGGAACAUCAGAAGAACCUACAGAUUAUAUGCUAAUAACAUUUGAUGACACGGGUUUCCAACUGACAAGGACUGCCGAUGUUGAUCAGUUCAAAGAGAAAAUCAAUUCACUUUCAGCAUCUGGUGGAGGAGACUUUCCAGAGAUGUGCUUAUCAGGACUGCUGAUGGCAUUAACAAGAGCUCCACCAUCAUCAGACAUUUUUGUUUUCACGGAUGCUUCAGCAAAGGACACUGAAUUAAAAAACACAGUCGAAGCCAUGAUAGAAAGCACUGAAUCCAUGGUCACUUUCCUGUUGCCCACCUCCGUCUCAUCACGUGGAGAAAGGGAAGUCUUAGACACCCAGAGCUCCUCAUCGAGGCCGAUGACUCAAUCAGAACUACAGUUGUACAGAGACCUGGCCCAAGUCUCUGGUGGACAAACCUUAGAAGUCACAAACACUACGCUUUCUGAGGCCUCUACAGCCAUUACAGAUACAUUUAACUCUGGCCAGGUCACAGUUUUUCAGGUGGCAAGAAGUGCAGGAAAUGCAGGAAACUUUUCUUUUCUGUUAGAUUCAUCUUUGUCCAGUGUGACUGUGUACAUCACUGGGGAUUCAACGGUUUUUACCAUCUACAGCCCCACAGGUGUGUCUCAGUCAUAUUCAAUGAUAGAUGGCAGCCUUGGUAGCAUUCAGACUGUGGGGAAUCUAAAGAAAAUUAAACUCAAGUCUGACAACCAGGCAGGGCAGUGGAGCAUCAGUGUUAACUCCACAAGCUCAUACACCCUGAAAGUCAUUGGUAAGAGUUCUGUGGAUGUCCUCUUUUACUUUGUGGAGUUAAUUCAGGGAGGUCAUGGAGACUCUUGGGGACAGAUCUUCACUCGCCCUUCUAUUGGUCAGAACGCCACCUUGUUUCUUUCUGUGUCUGGAGGAGAAUUGGCCACAGUGACUGAUGUAUUUCUAGUUGAUGCUUCAGGAUCCAAUGUUGUUAAUGGAACUGUUAAAUCAGUGGGUGGUACAGACUACCUAGUUAGCCUAAACAGAAUCCCAGAGGGUGCAUUUGGGCUUCUCCUUAAAGGGCUGUUGAAUAACUCAUUGCCAUCUAGUCGAUUCCAAAGGCAAUCAUCCAUUCAUCAUAAAGGAUCAAGAAUAACUCUUACGGUUGAAACACAAACCACUACAACUCCUGGAGUUUCUUUCAGUUUCAACUUUACCGUGGCCACUAAUACUACAGCAGGUAACUACACUAUCCGAGCCAGGACAAGCAACGGCUUCACUGUGACUGUCCCCAGUUCCCUGAAUGUGUCGACAGGAGGAAGUGUUCAGGGGACAGGAACGCUGACCGUGCCCUCCAACACAGAGUUUUGGACUGAUGUUACACUCAUUGUUGAGGCAGAAGCUCCAGGAUCCACUGAUCUGAAUUAUGCCACAGUUCGAAUCACUGCCUCAGCUACAAGCAUAAAGUUCAGUGGCUUGCAGUCCUUCUCCAUGUUUCUGGCUCUCAUUGGCUUAUUUGUUUCUCUUUUGCUGUAACUGAGAGUAACUGGAGUUCCAUUUUUUUAAUGUUUUUAAAUAACAAUAUGCAGUAUAUACACACUGUAACAAUUCAAUGUUAUGUUUUUAAUCAAUUUCUGUCUAAAAGCUAUAAGAGUAGUAAGAUGCUUUACUUGUUUAACAAUUGUUUAUAAUUUACAUGCUUGUAUACCAUAUGUUGGCUGGCUUUAGUAAACUUAGUGUUAAAUAGCACUAAAAGCUCAUAAUCAUAGGGGAACCAUUUUUAGUGCUAUAGCACCUAUAAAUCACCUAUGAACAGUGUUGGGAACGUUACUUUAAAAAAGUAAUUAGUUAUAGAUACUAAUUACUUCUCACAAAUAGUAACUGAGUUAGUAACUGCGUUACAUUAUUAUAAAAUUAAUUAAUUACCAGGA